AUGGCAUCAGUCGCUUCUGUUAAGUCACUCACGGCUGCCGAUAAACUCCGUGAUCUUCUCUCACAAUUAGACCCUCAUGGUUCUCCUUCAUCACCUACACAUCAUUCAAGUUCAUCUAAAACAUCUAAAGAUACACCAAAAUCAAAUGAACUUUAUUUACUUGUUCAAGCAGCUGAUGAGAUAAGUCAACGAUUGAGAAAUGAAAAUGAAGCAUUACGUGAUGAUAAUACAAAGCUUCGAUCAAAUGUUGUUGCUUUGAUUGAAGAAAAUAAUCGAUUAAAUGAAGAAAUCCGUAGUACCUUUGUCUCCGAUAUGCUUCGUUUAAUUAACAUUGAUGAUGGACAAUCAAUGACAGAUAAAGAAUCACAAAUUGCUGAUCUUUAUACGAAAAAAAUGCGUCAUCUUGAAAUUGAAUUGAAAGAUGCUAAAGAAAAAUUAAGUAUGUAUGAAACUGUUUGGCAAGCACCAAAUGAUCUUAUGAAUUGUCUUAAAUGUGGUGCACUACUUCCAUUUGGUCAACAUUCUAAUGAACAUAAUGAAAAAUUUGCUGAUAUUAUGACAGAAAAUGAAACUAAUAAACGAAAAUUACAACAAAUGCAAGUUAAACUUGAUGAAAAUCAAAUUAAAGAACAAAGUACAUUAGCAAAAUUACAAGAAUGUGUUCACAUUGUUGAACAAAGUCAAUUUGAAAAAAAUGAAGCUAUUGUUGAACGUGAUCAAAUAAAAAUUGAACUUGUUGAAACACAAAAACGUUUAAAAAAAUUCAUUGAUGAAAUGAAUGAAAAAAUUAAUAUUGAAAAACAAAAAAUUGAACAAAUAUGUGAAGAAAAAUUAAAAGAAAAUAUUGAAAAAAUACGACAAGUAGAAGAAAGAUGUUCACAAUAUGAAUUAACAAUAGAUCGAUUAGCUAGAGAGAAAACUUCUUUAGCAACUGAUUUAGAUGAAUGGAAAAAUCGAAUACAAAGACAAGAAAUUGAUUUAAAUCAAGCUUCGGAUUCUGUUAAACUACAAGUACAAAAAGCAAUGCGUGAACGUGAUCAAGCUAAUUCAAAUACAAUGCAAAUUCGAACAGAUUUUGAAAAGCUCUUAUUACAAAGUAACCAAGAUAUACUUCAACUUCGUCAUCAACUUGGUUCCACUCAAAAUCGUCUUAAUGAUAUUGAAGGUGAAUUAUUAAAUUCAAAAAAACAUUGUCUCGAAUUAACAGAAGAAAUCAAUCGUUUAACUCGAGAAAAUUUAAUGUUAAAAAGUAUCAAACAAACUCUUGAACGAUCACGUGAAGAAAAUAUUGAUGCUAUAACUGUUAUAUUAAAUAAACGUGAACAAGAUUAUCGUACAACAAUUGAAAAUCUUGAAUUACAACGUCAUCAAUCAUUAUCCUCACUUGAAGAUCUUGUUUGUAAUCAAAAUACAAUAUUAAGUAAAUUACGUUUAUAUUCUCGACAAUUAACAAAUGAAAUUGAAACAAUACUUGAACAAAAAAAUGAAAUUGUACAAGAAAUAACUGUUGAAAAUCAAGAAUUACGUAUGAAAUUAUCUAAUGCUUAUCAACGUCUUGAACAAACUGAUACACAAUUAUUACAACAUAAUGAUACACAUAUUAAAUUAAAACAACGUCUUAUAGAAUUAAAUAAUAAAAUUAAAGAAUAUGAAAAUAUUAUUAAUCAAAUCAAAACAAAAGAUUUAAUCGAUUAUCAACAAAGACUUGCUUAUAUGUCACAACGUAGUUAA